UCUCAUUGACGACCGACUGGUUCCUUUGGAUGAGUUUACAAAUGGUUCUUCUUAUUUUACAUUUAGCAAAUACAAUGGUUAGUAUUCUGAGCAUGCCCAGUAGAAGUACUCUGGAACCAGCAAACUGUGAACAAACCUGUUUGCACUAUGCAGCUAGCUCAGAUAAGCCCUAAUUGUUAUGCAACUCCUUAGCAUAAGCUCCUGGCAUGGCUCAUAUGAUUCUCUUGUACUAAGUCUGUCCAAAAUAGCAACAAGAAAGCAUGUAACUAAAGACACAGCAGGGGUUGUAGGAAUUCUCACAGGCCUUGGAUGUUCCAAAGAUCGAGCAGCUCCUUAUUACUUAUUCCAAAAAUGCUUAGCAUAAUGUAUUUUCUCCGGAGCUUCUUCAAGGACUGACAAAUCACUGCCAUUGCAUUCUACAUCUUGAAAAGAAUUAGCCCUAAACAAGAACAAAAAAUUUAUGGUCUUCAUAAUAAACUAGAUGAACAUGGAGAAAAAAAAGGACAAAUGAUUAAACAGAGGAUCUGGUGGACCUGUGGAUGAAGCCAGGACAUAAAUGGUGCAAACUGCCUCAGAGCCAGUUGACAACUGCACAAGUGAAGGAGAGAUUGAAGAAGACCAGAAUUCUUCAAUCCCAGAUACUCCAGAGCUGGAGAUAAGUGGAUCAGGCCAGGAAACAGAUGAAGACUAUUUUGAAACCCAGUCACAUCAAAGUGAAUCAUUGUCAGAUAUCAAGACAGAGCCUUAUGAAAGUGUGUCAGACUCAGAGUCCAUUGCCAGUGAUACUAGAGAACCAAAUCUUUCUUCAGAAAUAGAAGAAUCAUGGCAUAAGCAUUCCAAAACAAAAGGAGAUAGGUCUCCUCCCAAGUAUUUUACAAAAGAAUUGGGAUUUAUUCAGAAGGAAAGUGUGGAAUUCCCUUCAGUCUUACAUGUAGCAACAAGCAAAUGUGCAUUGGAGUUAUUACUACCAGAAUCCAAAACUGAAGACGUCAAAGGAAAGGAGCAGUUGUUACCUUACAGUAUUACCUCCACAGGGUCAAAGGCUAAUAAAAAUGAUUUUGUGUUACAGACUGAAGCUUUGUUAAAAGUGGGGACAAAAUCUGCAAACAGAGAAGCACACUUCUAUACCCAUUCAGAGGAUCAAAUUAAAGGUGCUAGUAGCAAAGAGAGAUUGAGCCCAGAAACAGUAACAUUGGUUAAUCUCAGAACAAACUCUGAAAGCUCUUUGAAUUUUUCUGAAACUUGCUGUUCCUGCUCAGAAAUAGUUUCCAGAAACAGUUUGCCUAAUAUUCAUUUAGAAACAAAUGGAAGUUGGAAAAGGUAUAAUGAAUCUUCCAAAAUGAAGUAUAAAAGAGAUUGUAUAUUUAAUACCGAGUAUAGUCAGAAGAAUAUUUUUGACAGUCAAAAAACUGUAGAAACAAAUUUGUGUGGCAGAAAGCAGAAAUUCACAGAUUUUAAAUCUACAUUUCUGGUGCCUUCCACAAAGCCAGGAAAUUUAGCAAUGAAAUCAUGGCAUAGUUCUCCUGGAAAUAUAAAUGGUCAAGAUAUCAGAAAACAUAUCAAUGAUUGCCUUUGCCUGGCAGAUAAAUUAAGCCAAUCAUGCUUCACAUUGCCCCUAAAAGAAUCAGAUCAUGUUCAUAUUAAAAAAAACAUAGACUGUUCAAAAACAUCCUUAAAAGUGGGAAAAGACAUUAAUAUUAAAGGAUUAUUUCUUAAUCCUCAUUUGAUUUCAAAUAAGAAUGUACAGAAGCAAACAGAAAACUCCCAUGGGACCAACAAAUCCCAGCUCUGUGGCCUUACAACAAAAGAAAUAGAUACAUCUGAGUGUCAGUCUUUGAUAUUGUCCCAGCUGCCAAAUUCCUCAGAAAACAAUUCUAAAAAUAAUACUUUUUCAAAUAUGGGAUGUAUAUCAACACAUAUAAAUGCCAAUUUAGUGUUAAAAAAACAUCUGAAAUCAAAGGAUCAGAUAGAAAUUAAAGGGUUGUUUCCAAAUCACAUUAGUUCUGAAUCUCACAUCUGUGAUGUUCAUGUCUCAGAAAGAUACAUAGAUAAAUGCAGUAUGGCAAAUAAAUAUGAUAAUACUUGUGUUGUUCAUGCUUCCAUGAUUAAUGCAGAUGUAAACAAGGAAAGCAAAUGCAUUAAAACUCAAAACCUUGAGGCUUUUCUCAGAGCAUCUGAAGUGAGAAGCAAACAUGGACCAAAUAUAGGCUGUGAGAAGGCAGUUGAGAUUCUGACGUCAAAUGGAAAAGAUUUUAGAGAACAGGAAUCCAGUACAUCCAACGUAUUAAAAUACCCUUUGAAUCAUCUCAAUGAUAUAGAAAAGAAGGCUUGCAAUUGUAGUAAUGGUGAAGAUGUUGAUGUCACUGCUUUUGAAAUAGCACUAAUACCACAUUAUAUGUGCCAGAAGGAAAAAUCAGAUAACAUUUCUGAGUUAAAAGCUUUAUUGAUGGAAACUCCUGUUCAAGAACGAUUGCAAACAAAGGUUGAAGUUGAGAACUCUUUGAUUAAAUUUACUGAGAUAGUAGACCAUGAGAAUUCAAACUCUGAUCUCAUCACCAUCAUGGAUGCCACAAAAUCAGAAGAAUCUCCAAAUGGAAAGUCCAGUUGUACAAAUGACACGUUUUCUGUGCAGGUGUUGUCAUACAAUGAAGAUGAAUUCCUAGUUAAGGCGGCUCCUGAGGUAAGUUCAAGAAAUACACAUUGCGAAGCAGAUGCAAACAUGCUGGACUCGCUGUCUUUGUCAGUCUCUGCAAAAUCUACGGAAGCUAGUUUGGUGAACAAUACAUCCACAACUAAUUUACUUUUAGAAAGUACUAUGCAAACUUGGAAAGAAGAGGGAUGCAUAGAUAUUUUGUCCUUGGACCUGCCUGCAACAAAUAGGGGCAUAUCACUAAUAAACCCAUGUCAGUUGAUGGGUGAUUCUGUCUUAGAGACAGUACAAAUAACAAACCAUCAAUCUCAAACUCGUGGCUAUACAGCAAUGGAUGGAUCUAUGACCACAAAUGUAGAACAAGAUGCUUGUGUAAAUACUGCAAGAAGACAGGAAAUGAAUAGUGUAAAUAUAUUGUGCCAAGACAUUGUUGAUGAUGAAGGAAAUAAAAUCAAUGCUAAGCAAAUUAUUGAGGAGGAAGACUCCAAAAUCUGUGAUAUAAUACAGGAAAUUGCUCUUUCUCCAAAAUCAGAAUCAGAUGAAGUCUUCUCAGCAGAAGAUUCAAAGUGCAUUAGUAAAAACUAUGACAUGAAUGUGAAUCCAGAUAUCUGUGACACUCCCAUGAAAACUGACACCCAAGAUAAUAGUACCAGUGGCCUAGAUAAUAUCAGCAUGGGCAGUGCAAAUAGUGAAGAGAUGGACAAUAAUAUCAUUAAUUUUUUGGGUAGUAACAAUAGUUUCUAUAAGGCAGUGCAGAGAAUCAACAAAAUGGGUGCCAUAGAAAAGUCUGUUAAGUAUUCUAAAUUCUUAGCUUUCCCCAAGAUGGCAUCUUUCAGGAAAUCUAAGUUAACACCUCCUGACAAUCAAGAUAACAUGAAAACUAAGGAAGUAACAAUUGAUAGUGAUAAAGCAGAUGAAGUAGAAGAUAAUUGGAAAGACCUCAAUUCAUCCUGUUCUACUUUGCAAAACAAGGAUCAAUGUCUUGCAGGAUAUUCAGAUGAUGAUGAUUUAUUCUUUGAAAGACCUACUGGACUUUUCAAUAGAAUUAGUCUGAGAAAAGCUUCUAGCUGUGAUCGGACACUCUUGGAAAGUUCAGGCACAUAUUCUUCUUCUCCCAUGUUAGCCAGAGUGAAAUAUGGCGAAGGAACAAAUUUAGGAUUUGGAGAGAACAACAAUAAUGAGUUUACUGAGUACCCUGAAGUCCGGAAAUCCUCUCCUGACAAUGAUUUUAAAAGUAACAAAAGCAUAGAUAGCAAAAAAUUCCGGAGCCGAUUGGCCUUGGCUCACAGAUCCUUUUCAAGUUUUUUUGAAUCUAAAACUCUGGAAAAGGAAAAUGCUCAACACAGUCCAAAAAUUUCAUUAAAAAAUGAAAAAGAAAAAAUGAAAAUGCACCAAUCUUGGAAAGCUUUUCUGAAAAGCAAAGAGGCAGAUAGCCUGAAGCAAAAUCCCUGUUCAAAUAGGAGCUCUGGAAGCUUUGGUAGAAAAACAUUGAAGGAAAAAAAGGAGUAUCAAAAUGGGCAAGAAUUUUUAAAAUACAAUGUUUCUAAUGGCUCAUCUACAGCAGGUGGGCAUUCCUAUUCCUUUGGGCCUGCUGACUUUCUACCUAUAGACACCAGGAGGAAGAGGAGAGAGUCAUCCUAUAGCCCAGAUUGCACUGGGAAAGCGAAAAUGAUGGGGAAUGAUGGGAAUACUUCCUGUGAAGAACUCUGGCUGAAAUCUCCAAUUACUCCAAUUGAUCUGCAGUCGUCAUUUCCUCAGUUCACUCCUUCUUGCCCCCAGUUGUCAAUGUAUGAACGUAAAGACAUGCCAUGCAGGCCUAUGAGUCCCAAGCCACAGAGUCCUCGAACUGCUCAUCAGCGCAUGGGCUUCCAUUAUCCUGGCAAAUUAAGUUCAACUUCAUUGAUAUCUCUUGGAAAUAUCUCUGUUAUUGAUGGCGGUUUGGAAGCACCUGAGAGGCCAAAGACAUUGAAACCCAGAUCUAGUUUCUUGCAGUCCAUGCACUCAUUAGAUAAUGACUAUUUGAGAGAAGACAGUGGGAUAAGCAGCCAGUCACAGAUCAGCUUAAAUACUACUACUUCAAUGAGUGAUAUAAUCAGAGAUGAGGAACAUUCCCAACAAAGUGAAAUUUCAUCAGAAAAGAGCUCAGAUGAAAAGCAUGAUCUUCCUUAUCGAAAGAAGUUCAUUCAGAUGCCAGGGUCUUUGGAUUCAAGUGUAGAGGACAAGGCCUGGAGCCUUCCUUUCUAUAUCCAGGAGGGAAAGAUAAAAAAGCACAUCCAGCAGAAGAGACACAAAUACCUGUACAAGUGCUUCAGCUUUGAUGAUGCAUGGAUGGAGAGAAAUCGAAAAAGGACCUUUGUGAAAGAGGCUCAGACAGACAGAAACAAUGAAUUAAGUAACUUUCCAGAAGAACAACUCAAUGUUAAAAUGAAAUCAGUUACUUCUCCAGUGGCCACUAAUGCCCUUUCUCUCAAGUUGCACCUCUAUUCCCAGAGCACACCUACGGGACUAGAUUGCAUGGGCUUGAGGCAAAGCAUCUCCUUUCCUGUAAUUGCUGAUGGAUCACUAGAGAAAACCAGUGAUGACAUUGGGAGUGAAGAGGAUUUAUAUGAAGAUUUCCGAAGUUCAAGUCAUCGUUAUGGCCACCCAGGUGGUGGAGGAGAACAACUUGCUAUUAAUGAGCUCAUCAGUGAUGGUGGUGUGGUCUAUGCAGAAGCACUCUGGGAUCAUGUCACUAUGGAUGACCAAGAACUAGGUUUCAAGGCUGGCGAUGUUGUUGAAGUAAUGGAUGCUACUAACAAAGAAUGGUGGUGGGGCAGGAUAAUGGAGAAUGAAGGCUGGUUCCCAGCCAGCUUCAUACGGCUCCGAGUAAACCAGGAUGAACCAAUUGAAGACUAUCCUCUGAAGUUAGAAGACGGUCGGGAAGAAGAUGGAAGAAAUGCUGCUCAUCGCUAUGGAAUGGGGCAUACAACAAAAGAUCAAAUGAGAACCAAUGUUAUUAAUGAAAUUCUAAGCACAGAGAGAGAUUACAUCAAACACCUAAAAGACAUCUGUGAGGGCUAUAUAAAACAAUGCCGUAAACGAGCAGAUAUGUUCACUGAAGAGCAGUUGAAGACUAUAUUUGGGAAUAUUGAGGAUAUCUACAAAUGCCAGAAAAAAUUUGUUAAAGCCCUGGAGAAGAAAUUCAACAAAGACUGCCCGCAUCUAAGUGAGGUUGGCUCCUGCUUCCUGGAAUAUCAAAAUGAGUUCCAGAUCUAUUCGGAGUACUGCAACAAUCACCCAAAUGCUUGUAUGGAACUUUCCCGGCUUACCAAAGUGAACAAAUACGUCUAUUUCUUUGAAGCAUGCCGUCUCCUUCAGAAGAUGAUUGAUAUCUCUCUGGAUGGUUUCCUCCUAACACCAGUGCAGAAAAUUUGCAAGUAUCCCCUACAGCUUGCAGAAUUGCUGAAAUAUACCAAUUCACAGCAUAGGGAUUUUAAAGAUGUUGAAGCUGCUUUGAAUGCCAUGAAAAAUGUAGCACGGCUCAUCAAUGAAAGGAAGAGGCGUUUGGAAAAUAUAGACAAAAUUGCUCAGUGGCAGAGCUCAAUAGAGGACUGGGAGGGUGAAGAUGUCCUUGUUAAGAGUUCUGAACUCAUCUACUCUGGAGAGUUAACCAAAAUUUCCCAGCCUCAAGCAAAAAGCCAUCAAAGAAUGUUCUUCCUCUUUGAUCACCAACUUGUAUGCUGCAAGAAGGAUCUCCUACGGCGUGACAUCCUCUAUUAUAAGAGUCGGAUCAACAUGGAUCUUAUGGAGAUUCUGGAUAUGGAAGAUGGAAAGGAUAAAGAUUUUAAUAUUACUAUUAAAAACGCAUUCAAACUGUAUUGCCAGGUCACUGAAGAAGUUCAUUUAUUCUGUGCAAAGAAACCAGAACAGAAGCAACGCUGGCUCAAGGCAUUUGAGAAUGAAAGGAAGCAAGUUCAGCUUGACCAGGAAACAGGUUUUUCCAUCACUGAAAUGCAGAAGAAACAAGCUAUGCUUAAUGCCAGCAAACAAAAUCAGAGUGGAAAGCCAAAAGCAGUGAUCACUAGGACAUACUACGAUUUCUUGAUGCGCCAGAAACACCCUACUCUGCCUACAAACCUUCCCCAGCAGCAAGUCUUCAUGCUGGCAGAGCCCAAACGCAAACCUUCAAACUUCUGGCAGAAUAUUAGCAGGCUGGCACCGUUUCGAAAAUAAAGGGAGGCAGCCUGACCUUGUGCCUGAAUCCCUUUUGAGACAGCACUUUAUGCUUCGUCCUGCAAGCCCAAGCACUGCCUCCACCUCUGGUUUAGCAUCCUCUUCCCCCACCCCCCACUCCCGACUCCUUUCCUUUGGAUCAACUGGAAGAGCUUUGAAGUGUUAUGAUCCUUUUGUGUACGUGUGCAUGUGUGUAUGUCGGUGAAAAUGAACUGAGACUGCCCAUACAAAUGCGUACCUAGGAGAAGACGGAUGACAGAAUAUAUGUAUUUUUUAAUUCCUUAUUUUGUCCCUUUUAUUCUGGACCACCCUUUCAUCUGGGAACCUUUAUUUGGGGAUUCAAAAAGACUGACAGGAAAAGACAACAGUAGAUGAGCAGCUACCACCACUUCUCGGUCAUUUGCUCUGAGCAGCUGCUUGACAUUCUUACUGGUGCCCAUUUUCCUGGGAUGAUGAGGUUCUCCCUUCCUCUUAUCCAAAUUUUCAGAAAUCCAGAACAGCCUGAACAUUCCCAGAGAUCAGAUGUCACCUUCUCUUAUGUCAAACAGCUGAUCUGGAACCAGUACUUGAUUAACCAGCCUGAAGUGUGGCUAACAGCCAGGACAUUUUUAGUCUAAUUGAGUUAAUGUAUAUAGGGGAGGGGAAAUGAGCCUAAAUUACCUUUUAAUUUCUUUUACUUUCUAUAAACAUUUUCUCAUAACUCCUGGCCAACAAUACUUUUCUUCAGUGUUUAUAAAAUGUUUAUUUAUGUAACAGUGCAAAUAACUGUAUUUUGUAAGUUUGUAAUCUGUCUUGUCAGGUUUUAACUUGAUGCCUCUUUUGCCUCUUCUUUUCCACCGAAGAAAGCCAACAUUUGGAAGCCUGUAUCAACCUUCCACAACUUGAUGUCCUCUAAUUGUGUGGAAGUCCCAUUCCAAGAAUUCCAAAAUAGGUGCAGUGAGCUUUUGUGGACUCUGGGAGUUACAGUCCAGGUAUAUCUAGGAGGCAAAUUAUGGAAGAAAGGCUGACCUAUAUUCCUAAAGAUACAAUACGUAGAUUUAUCUAAAGAUUAAUUUCAGACAUGCCAGGCACUUACAAACUAAGCAGUAUUAUUUGGAACUAUUAUCACCUAUGCAACACUCUGCAGAGGAAGUGAGGGUGCGUAAGACAGGGAUACAGAUUCGCCAAUUUUUAUGGAGAGUGUAUAUUCAGAUACUAACCACUUAAAAUUGAUGGCACUCUCUCUCUCUCUCAAUAUAAUCUUUUGAUUAGAUAAAGUUUUGCCUUACAAUAGUGAAAUAGAUAGAAGCCAUAACUGACUGAAUCCCAUUGUUUAGGGAUUUCCUGGUACUGUGAAAUUAAAGUGAAGAACCCAAUCUACCCUGGCAUGACAUUACUCCAGGGGAGUGAGCAUUCAGCAGUGUGAUGCAAAAAGUUGCAGGGUCUAACUGUAGCUGACCAGCCUUCAGUUAUAGAAAGCUAGAAGCAUGUACAGAAUCAUUCUUGCACUUUCUCUUUCCCUCUUUGGAGGGGUUACAUUUAAUUUCAUAAAGAAAAUUGUAAAACUGACUUUCACUCUUGUGUCUUUUUUUCUUAUGCAGAAAUGACUGGUAACCCAAUAAGCAUGUCCUUUGCAUUUGAUUACCCUUAAAUGAACAAUUAGUAGUUUGCCUUGGAGCAAUCAGCACAGUUUUUAUUUCAUACUAAGUGUAUCCUUGUGUUUAGUAUGUAUCAUUAUGUAUCUGUAGUUCUACAUAUUGAAAUGGUAGUUUCAUUCCCAAGAAAACCAAACAAUAUAGGAAAGGGUAGGAUAGCAGAAGCAUAUAUCCAAAGUUUCUAGGCAGUCAAAACUCCUCAUCUUUUACCUUAAAAAUAAUAUAAGAAUAAAUUAACAUCUGGUCAUGCUGAGUCUCAAAUAGCAAUCAUGUUAAUUAUGCAGGUCACUCACCCUUGUGUUAGUAUAUGAAUACAUACAUCAGAAUACAAUUUCAACAGUUGCAAAGAUAACGGCUAAAUAUUUUGUCUUUGAAUUAACACUCAAUUGUCAUAACCACAUAAUCAUAUUGUUUUCUUGCCAUAAUGCAGAAAUGGAUCCACUGUCUUCUAGGGUAACUUUUCAGCUUUCCAAUCCAAUCUACGGUCAUGGAAUUCCUUCCAUCCCCCACUCAAAUAAUUGGGUCUGACAUUUAUUAAUAUUUUUUAACAUUAGCCACCUUCAGACAAGUGCUGUGUCCUGCUGCAAUGCUAACACAAUAUGUUUAGUUUGAAAGCUUGUUCAGUAGGCACAUAUUGCCACAAACACACUUCUCAUCAGAUAUUUUAACCAUUCUUUGAGACUUUCCAGGUUGCCUGAACAUACUACUAUCUGGAAAUUAGGAACUGUAGUCUGUAACAAAACAUUCCGGUUUUCCAAAACCUAAAGUGGUCAUUCUGAUUAGAAUGAUAUAAUGAAGCAUAAAGCUAAUUAAACUGUGAUGUGGGAGAAAUAACAUUUAUGCACUUGUUUGAGGUAUUUUAUAAAUAUAAUAUGUUAAGGUUGCAGUUUAAUCACUCAAGAAAACAGCAAGUAGUAAAAGAAAGCUGGCAGUGAUGCUAGUGUCAUGGCCCAAGGUAUUUUUAUAUUUAUAUGGUUACAUUUAAAACCUUAAAAGUCUUUGGUUGCUUCUACAGUAAUUGAGAGGAAUACAGAUGAAAGUCUGAGUCAGGUGAGACUUCCACAAAUUGAAUGGAAUGUAUUUUAACAAUAUUACAAUUUCACAAUUUUGUUUUAAAAAAGCUAUCAUACGUACACAGGCAUAAACAUUGUUCUGAGAUAAUCUGGAAAUAGGCCAGAUUUCAGAACAGAGUGCGGUUUCUUUCAUUUAAAUGGAAAAAAAUUUGAAUCCCACCACUGGUGACAUGUUAUGUAGCGUGGCGAAUUUGACACCUGUGGCCUACACCACAGCCUCCAACCUAAAUUUGGGGUCCAGUGGUACUGUAAUUGCAACACAGGCAAGGCUAUAAACUGCUCUAUGUAAUAGUAAUCACUUGAAGAAAGGUAAAAUAAAACCAUUAACACAUAGAUCAAUUAUUUUUGCUUGCUGCUUAUCUUUCAAAGUUCUGAUCAGUGAUCUGAUCAGCUUAGUGCUUUGCCACAUUUCACCUCACAUUCUUCUAAAUAGAUGAGUUUAGCAUUAUUCGCAUCAAAUAAGGAGUAUGGCAAAUAAUUGGUCACUCUAUUUGGCUUUGAGCAGGCUUUGCCUUGAAUUCUAGGCCGCACACAUUUAAGGAUUCAGAAAAAUCAGAACAGGUUCAGAGAAAGAUGAUGAAAUUAAGCCCUAUGAAGAGGCUGAAAGAACUGGGUGUACAGCCUUGAGAAGUUGACAGUGGCAUUUUCCAAAGAUCUAUUGUACCCCAUCCCAGUCACUUCUUUGUGAGAUGAGCAGCUAUAUAAACUAGAUAAAUAAAAGUCACAAGUAACAUGAACUCUGAAUUCUCAUUAGGGGGUGCAUGGCAUGAAACAGAUGUAAGUUACAGAAAGGCAGAUUGUUAGAAAAAGUUUUCAUUUGAUAAGAACCAAUUACCUGGAGGGUGGUGGGUUCUCUCUAUUGGUUAUUUCAGUGGUUAGGUAGGCAUGUUUCUGGAAUGCCAAUUUAAAUCCCUACCCUGAAUAGGCAGUUGAACUUACUAAAUUAUUCCUUCUAAUACCAACCCCCCUCCCAACUUUCAUUAAACAUGGUAAAAUUUCAAUUCUCUAAAAGUAUGCGAAAUUUAAAAUUAAAACAUUUAUUGCCAAGAAAGAAAGAAAAAUCUGCUAAUCUCACUUUAAUAUUUUUCUUUCAUUGAAACCUGCAAAUUGUUUUAAAAUUUUAUGGAUGGUGUAAGAUGUGAAUCAAACUACUGUUCCUUAGUAAAUUAGAGGCAGGUAAUGUGAAUUCCUUCAGAUGUUUUAAAUCACAAUUCUCACAAUCCACUGUUAAUAGCUUUGCUGACUGAGACCCAUAGCAAUUGUGAUCCACAACUUGUAGAAUGUGCAGAUUGCCUAUCUGUCAGGGAUAAACAGUUUCUAGCACAGUGCAGAUUGAAAGGCCUAAACAUCAUUUAAAUGUAACAACAUAUUUUUGAGGAUUGUAGUUGCAAAAGAAAAAAAAGCAUUAAGCAACACAGUCAAUCUUUAUUGAAAACUGAAGUAUUAAUACAUAACAAUUCCUGUUACAUAAACGUGCUUUUAAGAAUUUAACUCUGAGCUCAUCUACUCAUUCGAUUGUAUAAUAAAAAUGAAUUUUACACAAUUGGCUCAGAAUGGAAUUGCCACUCCUAUGUGUUGAUGCAAAAGAUGUGAUGCUUUAAACUUCUGGAAGACAACAUUGACCUAAACUUGGGGAAAAGUACCAAUACAACUGUUUUAAGACAGUUUCUUUUUUUUAAAAAAAAAUUAUAUAAAAAGGAAACCUGUGCCUAUUUCAUAACAACACUAUUACUGGGGCCUCUUGCACUUCUGUUGCAUGCAUUCCCCUUUUCACCCCACAAGGGCAGCCAAUAAUAGCACUACAAUAAAAUCCCACUAACAAAUCCAUUCUACUAAAAACAAGUUUGUACAGCAGCAAGCUAAGUGAAGCUUCCACAGUUUGCUUGCUAAGUGCUCAAAAGUCAUAUCAGAUUAGAAAAAGUCAUAUAGAUACUGAUGACAGAGAAUUGGAAGUCAAACUGUUCAGACUAUCUUGGCAUGUUAAAUUGGCUCCCGAUAUUGGGAUGCUCAAAUAGCUCCAUGUCAUUUUAGAAAGAGUGCCCAUUUCAUUUAAAAUCAGUAUCUCAUAAAUACCAAUGUCUUCGGUAGGCUGAAGAGAAAAUUCAAGGAUAAUACAACCCCUCCCCAGUUACUUGUCACUUGCUGUCUUUCAAUCUCUACUGACAGGUUGAACAAGAAUUAGAUGUUUAAUAUAAAUGCAGCUCCUUUGCUGCACUGCUGUCUCCCUUUUGCUAUUAUUCCACAUGGAUGGGAUUGUUAGAUAUACUGAGAAUGACUACAGAGGAAAAAGUUGAGAGGGAAAGCCAAGUGCAAACAAACACUGCACAGGUUAAAAACAAAUCACAAAGUGAUUUCUAGAUUGGGGCUCAGUGUUUGCAGGCAAAGGCAGAAAGGUAAUGUACUAAAUUAGCAAACCACCUAAUGCAGAAUGCAAUGUUAAGCUUCACUGUCAGAAAAUGAUUAUCAAUAUCUUUUUUUUUCUUGCCCCAGAACAGACCCUUAGUGUUGGGUGUUUGCUUCUUAGAAUCAACAGAACAAUGUAAUACAAACUAGUUGAAAAUGUUUUGCUUCCCUGCAUUUUGACUGUAACAAAAUUAAUUUAGUUUUAUAAUGCCAAAACCAAGCAAUAAGAAUGCUCAGUAGAAACACACAAGAACAAAAGGUUUUCCCUAAUAAAUUCAAAAUUCUCCACUGAAGUUAAAAUUACUUUGCAAUGGUCAUGGAAUAUUGACUAUAUGGAAUCUGUGCCAAGUUUUAGUCAUGACAGAUUAAAAACUCUGCUCUCACAGGGUUACAUUUCAGGAACCCAAAUAAAGCAAAACUUCUUCCUUCCAUUAUCUCCAUCGUGGCAUCAAGACACAUUUUGUGGUAAUGUAUGAGCUUCUCAGAGUAUUUCAAUGUAUGUCUACCAUAAUAUUUUAGUUAUACAAUUAUUACUUCAAUUAAAAAUGGGAGAUUCAGUUUCAUGUCAGUUGGUUAGCGUUAAUACCACUGAUUACAUCUACAAGUAUUUCUUGGCCAAAUAUAAAGUAGAAUGUGUCUAUUUUGCUAUUUUCAAAAAAAAAAAAAAAA